CUCCAAACUUCAGACUUCUCCAGCUCCUAUCGUCAAGGCAGUAACGGUCCAUCGUACCACCCACGCCUGUCUGCACUUUGCGACUUUGGGCAGUCGCAUGCCCCACAUACUCGGUUACUCCUUCCACCAGUCACCCUUUUCGCCAACAGUGGGAUAACUGCUGGAGGAAGCCGCGAAGAUGGCCUCCAGAUCCCCAUCGCCUCGCCCGGGACCAAGCGAAAGACGACGACCUCAGCGCAACGGCGGCGAUAGUUAUCGACCCGGCGAGCGCGAAAACGGUCGGACACCUUCGAGAGAUGACGCGGAGCCUUUGCGUCAACGCUCACCGCCGCGCAGACGGUCACCUGUAGCGAUGCCGACAGACGAAGAGAAGCAGGCGGCCGCCAAGGCCGAGUACCAGAAGAUGCUCAACGCGCGCUCGGGUGGAACCUAUAUUCCGCCUGCGCGACUGCGCGCCCUUCAGGCCCAGAUCACGGACAAGUCGAGCAAGGAGUACCAGCGCAUGGCGUGGGAGGCGCUCAAGAAGUCCAUUAAUGGUCUCAUCAACAAGGUUUCGAUUGCGAAUCUCAAGUUCAUCGUGCCCGAGCUCUUUGCCGAGAAUUUGAUUCGUGGGAGGGGCCUUUUCUGUCGUAGCAUCAUGAAAGCCCAGGCGGCCAGUCUGCCUUUUACGCCCAUCUACGCUGCGUUUGCCGCUAUUGUGAACACAAAGCUUCCACAGGUGGGAGAACUUCUGGUUAAAAGAUUGGUCACUGUGUUUCGCAAAGGGUUCAAGAGAAACGACAAGGCCGUCUGCCUGUCUUCGGCCAUGUUCUUGGCGCACCUGUGCAAUCAGCAGGUCGUUCAUGAAAUGCUUGCGGCUCAAAUGCUGUUGCUGCUGCUCUCGAAGCCCACCGACGACAGCGUCGAGAUUGCCGUGGGGCUGAUGAAGGAGGUGGGUCAACACAUGGAGGAAAUGAGCCCGCCCAUCGCCAUGGCGGUGUUCGAUCAGUUCCGGACCAUCCUCAACGAAGCCGAUAUCGAAAAGCGCGUGCAGUACAUGGUCGAGGUGCUAUUCCAGGUCAGGCGUGAUAAGUUCAAGGAUAACCCAGCCGUCAAGGAGGAACUCGACUUGAUCGAAGAGGAAGAUCAGAUUACGCACAGGGUCGAGCUGGAUGCAACCAUCGAUGUCCAGGAUGGUCUAAACGUUUUCAAAUAUGACCCGGAUUGGGAGGAGAACGAGGCGGCGUACAAGAAACUGAAAGGAGAGAUCUUGGGCGAAGGAAGCGACUACGAUGACGAUGACGACGACGAGGACGGGAGCUCCGACGAGGAAGAAGACAGUCAGGAGAAGGCGAUGGAAAUCAAGGAUCAGACCAACACUGACCUCGUCAAUCUUCGCAAGACCAUUUAUUUGACCAUCAUGUCUAGCAUGGAAGCAGAUGAGUGCGUGCAUAAGCUCAUGAAGGUCAACCUGCCCGUCGGCCAAGAACCCGAGCUGCCAAGUAUGGUGGUCGAGUGCUGCUCGCAAGAGAAGACAUACACGAAAUUCUUCGGCAUGAUCGGGGAGAGGUUCGCCAAGAUCAAUCGGUUGUGGACGGAUCUCUUCGAGCAGAGCUUUAUGAAGUAUUACGAUACAAUUCACAGAUACGAGACGAACCGCCUGCGCAACAUAGCCAGGUUCUUUGGGCACUUGUUCGGUUCUGAUGCCAUUGGAUGGCACGCACUAUCCGUCGUCCAUCUCAACGAGGAUGAAACCACCAGUGCCAGCCGUAUCUUUAUCAAGAUCCUAUUCCAGGAGAUCGCCGAAGAGUUGGGCAUGCCGAAGGUGCAGGCCCGAAUGAAAGACGAGACACUGCAACCUAGCUUUGAGGGUCUCUUCCCCCACGACAACCCACGAAAUAUCCGAUUCUCCAUCAAUUACUUCACCAGUAUUGGCAUGGGAGCUCUUACCGAGGAGAUGCGAGAGUAUCUCGCGAAGAUGCCCAAGCCAGGUCUACCGGCACCCGCCAAAGCUGCCGAGUCCGAUUCCGAUUCCGUUUCCAGCUACUCGUCCUACACUGGCUCGUCCUACUCUUCCCGAUCUCGAUCUCGAACCCCACCGCGGCGUGCGCUGAGCAGAGGACGCACCUUGUCACGAACCCCACCUAGACGUGGCAGACCGGUGUCGUACAGCCGCAGAGUCCGCCUCGCAGAGCUGCACGAAAGGAUUCGUACUCGGCUAGUCCCCCACGUCGAGUCCGUCGCGACAGCAGCUAUUCGCGCUACCGAUCACGGUCUCGGACACCACCCCGACAAGCGGGCAUGA